AUGGAUUGUACAGACCGGGUUAAUAAUGAUAAAUUAAUAAAUUAUUUUAAUAAUGAAUCAUCAAUUUCUAGUGGUAGUGAUUUCGUUUUUAAACCAGUUAUUGACUUGUUUAAGAGUCCAGGUUUAUGUACCUCAACAUUGUCUCAAGAUAGUUUUGUUUGUUCAACACAAGAAAUAUCAUUCACUAAUUCGGACAAUUCAAUGAAUGUAAAUGAAGUUAAGCUAGAACCGAAUAAAGAUUACUUUUCUUCUCCAGAAAUCUGCUUAAAUGAAAGUACAAAAAAUACGUGUGAAAUAAAAAUAAAUGAUUAUCAAUCAAGAUUGUCAUUUGAUAAGUCUUUGGAGAAAAGCACUCAAAAAUCAAAAGAUUUGCUAAAAUCAAGUUCUAUUAGCUCAGAAGAUAUGCGCCUGCGCAAAACAGUUGAUAACGAAGAUUUAUUGGUUUGA